AGAGAGUGGCUGAGGGAAGCAUGGUGGAAAUGAAAUCUGAGCAAUGACACGCUGAGGAAGACAUUGCAUUGAACAGGAGGCCAGCAGGGUACCUGGUGCCCUUUUAGCACCCACCUGCAGCACUCCACUCACUUCUCUGCUUUUCCUCAUGAAGAAUCUGCUGCACAACGACCAAGGUGAGUCUAACAGCUUUCCAAAAUCCCGGAUCUGGUGGAGAUUUUAUCCAUUCAUUCCUUGGAAGUUGAGGAUCCCAAACGUUUUCCCAAUCUGAUUGAUAUCACCUCUCAUAAAUGCAGAAAUUAUUGACCCAAGAACAAGCAUCAGAACUGGCUUUCAGGCACGUUGACUUGAAAGUUAAUCAUAGUUCUGGCCCCAGAUGGUUACAGUGAGUCUGCUUCUCUGUCUGUGGGAGUCCUAAAGGAUACUUGAUAGCUGUCCAACAUCUCCUGUCAUCAAGACUCAUUCCCUGUGGUGCCCAACUGCUCAUUUUUGCCCAGACAUUCUGCAGAUCUCCAUCAUCUCUGUCAAUAUUCCGUGGGAAAAGGACUUGGGGAGGUAACUUCCAUGCUUCACAUAUGAGGGUAGUUUCUCUAUUCUUGCGACAGACAUUGCUCUGGUGUUCUGUAGUCAUCCCCUAGACAAAGCCCAGAAGGCCUGCAACACAAGCUCUGCUUGCUGCCAAUAGGGGUAAUGUGAGGAACUUCCAUGAAACCUCUAUCUGUUUGCCAUCAAUGCUGUCAUUGUGGUGGUGGCAUGGGCUGUUACAGCUGAGUGAAGAAUGCAGAAAGUAAGGGGGUUUGACCCUACAGCUUGAAGUACUCAAAGGUUUAGUGUUUUGAGUAAGGCGAUAAUCCAAAGCCUAUAAAGGCAGAAGAAAAACAGCCUUUGGCUCCAGUGGGCAUUGCAUCAGGCCUUCAGAUGACUGGCAAUCAGCAGACUUCAUACUGUGUAAUUCUGCAUGAAAGAAGCAUUAGUUCUCCAACAUCCAGUGAGCUGAGGAGGAAUAAGACAUGCUGUGUCUUUGCAACUCACCCUUCUGGCCAGCAGACAUCCCUGUCACUGCAGGCGAUGUGGAUGUUCUCGCACAACUGGUGGAAAGACAUCUAGCUCUGCUUUGCAACUGCUGCUUCCUGCUAAGCCAUCACCAGAGAAAGAAUUAGCAGAGAUUCCAUUGUCACAUACCUCAAAUCUGAACCCUGGGUUAUAUUUAAAUGAGCACAGGAAAGAGACCGAAGACUCUAUGACCCCUGUGAAUUGGGGGAUUGGUUUUUCUAAACUGGAGGGCGAAUGUCAGAAGAUCAGAUUACAAGUGCCUACCCGUGUGUUUUCACUAUGUGGUGGGUCAUCUGGAGUUCAGGCUCUGCAAAUUCCAAGGAGGUGGUUCCAGAGCAGUUUAAGCACUUCAGCAAUUCCUAGCACUGGUGGUCUCAGUUUGGGAAGGAUUUCCUAACAUGUCUGAAAGCCAAAAGCUUCUUUGCUAAUUUAAUAAAGAAGAGUGAAUGAGUGGGCUUCCUACAACUGACAGCUUAUUAUCUCACCUUAUGAAAAUUAUGCAUGACUUCUGGGACUCAUCUAUCAAAAGGAGAGAACCCCCAACACUCUGAGAAACUGGUACCUUCUCUCUAGUUAUCUGGGUUGAUGGUUGUUCAGUGAACCUAUUGACUGUCUGGAGUGACUUGCAUCUUUACAGAAGACCAUGGGAGUUUGCUGCUUGCGGAGGCUCUGCUGGAGGAAUGUUUGAAGGAAAAUUUUGCCAAACUGAAGGACUCCAUUCCACUGUCAGAGAAGAGUGAGCCCAAACUGAGUGAAGCUAAACAGUAUCUGACCAAUAUCUUGAGCAGAGGGAAACUAAGACCAAAGUAUAUGACAGAAGCUAUGCUGAUCCUAGGAAAGCUUCAUUAUGUGGAGGGAUGCUACAGAGAUGCCAUCAGCAUGUAUGCCAAAGCAGGAAUUGAUGACCUUUCAACCAAAGAUGAACCUCUGUACAUGCUGCGUUUGAUAACUGAAGCCUUUGUUAUUAAAGGUUUGUCACUGGAGCGCUCAACCAACUCAAUUGCCUCACGUGCUCGACUCUGUGAGAGGGAGGAGGAAGUCAUGGCUUGUUUUGAGAGAGCGUGUGUUAUUGCCCAGGUAUACUUGCAGGAGCUUGAGAAGACCUUAAACAACACACAUUCAAGGAGUAUCAAGGGCAGCAAUGUGACUUACUCUGAGUUUGAACUUUCCUACUUUCUGGAAGCAGCUCUACAGAGUGCCUACGUGACUCAGUUAAAGAAAGGAAAUAUUGUGAAAGGAAUGAGGAGUCUGCGAGAAAUACUACGGACUGUAGAAACAAAAGCUACUCAGACCUUCAAAAUGACUGCAGCCAAACAGUUAGCCCAAGUACUUCUCCAUUCCCUCAGUGAAGACUGUUACUGGAGCCCUUUAUCUGAUCCACUUCCUGAGUUCAUGAACAAGGAAUAUCAAUCUUAUGUUAGCAAUCUUCUUUGUCGGAGGCCUGAGCUGUACUCAGAAGAGAAUGUGUACUGCCCUCAAGACAAUGUAGAAGAGGCUCUUCUCCUCCUCCUAAUCAGUGAAUCCAUGGCGAACCGGGACGCAGUGAUCAGCCGAGCCCCGGAGCAGCAGGAUGACCGAGCCGUCAGCCUCCAGGAUGCUUCUGCAGUCUACGACCUCCUGAGCAUCACGCUGGGCAGAAGAGGGCAGUAUGUGAUGCUGUCUGAGUGCUUGGAGAGAGCCAUGAAGUUUGCAUUUGAUGAAUUUCACCUCUGGUACCAGCUUGCCCUGUCCAUGGUAGCUUGUGGAAAGUCGGCAUAUGCUGUGUCAGUGCUCAAAGAGUGUGCAAAACUGCGACCUGCAGAUCCCACCGUUCCCCUGCUGGCUGCCAAGGUCUGCAUUGGGUCACUGCACUGGCUGGAAGAAGGAGAACACUUUGCUAAAAUGGUGAUAGACCUGGGUGAGGAUGCUGGAGAGUCCCUAGCAAAGGGUUACCUGGCAUUGGGCCUGACAUACAGCCUUCAAGCUACUGAUGCAACUCUAAAGAGCGCUCAGGAUGAAUUAAACAAGAAAGCACUUCAGACUUUGGAGAGAGCACAUGACCUGGCCCCCGAAGAUCACCAGAUCAUCCUCUACCUGUCACUGCAGCUGGCUCUUGUCAGACAGAUUUCAGAUGCUAUAGACCAUCUUCAAGAAGCUCUGCAACUGUGCAAAGAUGACAUGAAUUCACUUCAUCUACUGGCCCUCCUCUUUUCAGCUCAGAAGCACUAUCAGCAUGCACUGGAUGUUAUCAACAUGGCUGUUGUUGAAUACCCAGAAAGCUUUAGCUUGCUCUUCACCAAAGUAAAACUGGAAUGGAUACAUAAAGGACCUGAAGAGGCUCUGGUGACAUGCAGACAUAUGUUGCAGAUGUGGCAGAUGGUAUACAAUGUUUUACAGCACAGUGGCUCUGAGAAAGGAAGUAGUGUGACCGAAACACCAGUAAUCAAAAAGCAUAAUGGACUGCAUCUCACUCUCCCAGAUGCUCACGACACUGAUUCUGGGUCACAACGAGCCUCUUCCCUUGCUGCAUCAAGACUGGAACAGGCCAUGUCUGAAAUAACUAUGCAGAGCAGCACAAUGAAGCAGGGACCUGUGAAGCUGUGGACAACUCUUGAACAAAUUUGGCUACAAGCUGCUGAACUCUUCCUGGAACAGCAGCAUCUCAAAGAAGCAAGCUUUUGUACCCAGGAGGCAGCUAGUCUUUUCCCCACAUCUCAUGCUGUACUGUACAUGCGUGGGAGGCUUGCAGAGAUGAAAGGCAAUUUGGAGGAGGCUAAGCAAUUGUAUGAUGAAGCGCUCACCGUGAAUCCAGCUGGAGUGGAAAUUAUGCACAGCCUGGGCCUGGUGCUGAACAGACUUGGGCGGAGGGAACUGGCCCAGAAAGUCCUCAGAGAUGCCAUCCGGAUCCAGACCACCAGCCACAUUGCCUGGAACAGCCUUGGAGAGGUCUUACAAGCUCAGGGGAAAAACGAAGCAGCCAUCGAAUGUUUCCUUACUGCCCUGGACCUUGAAUCCAGCAGUCCUGUCAUUCCAUUCACCGUCAUACCCAGGGAGCUCUGAGGCUUCUCCCUGCAGCUAAGCACUUUCAUUGCCUGGACAGACACCAAAACCAAGCAGAUCAACAAAGAAGCCCAACAGAAAAGUGCCAUUGUAACCUGGAACUGGGCUAUGUAAUUCCAGGAUGGGGCUCAGGUCUACAGGCUUAGCUUAGACAAGCCAAACUGAAGAAGAAUUUGCAACAGGCAGGAACAGAGAAUGCCUUUUUCUUCACAGGUGCCUGGCUAACCUCCUGUUCAAGUUAAUAGCAAGGCUUAUUUCAAAGUGCUGGUUCAAGGUGACUGUGGAAAGAUCAUGCUAGGGUACAUCUGUUCAAAGCACUUGCACCUUUCAGUGUUCAUUGAAAAUAAAACCCCCAAGCCCUGAAUUAAAGCCCAGAAAUGCUCUAAAUAGGAGUAAAUUCACCAACUAACUUGAGCAAGUUGUGUUUAAGUAUGUGGCUGUCUCCCCACAAAUCUCACAGGACAAGAAUGACAAUUGCACCAAAUAGACAUAAAAUAUAUGCUGUUUACAAAAUUAUUUAAUCUAUUUUGAUAACCCUUUUUCCUGCCUUGCUUUUCUAUGCUGUAUAUGCUCACUAUAUUUAGUGUAGCACUUGCCUAGACCAAUUUAAAAUUAAAUUUUCGUUUUAAAUUAAAAAUACUUUUUUAAAAAUAAAGCUGCUAUUGCAGUAUAAUUAACAAAAGCAGUAAGACCAAAGACCAAAUCAGUUCACACUUGAACUGUUAUUAAAAACACAUAAAUAUCUCCACUUACAUAUUUAUUAAAAGGCCUUACAUGAAGUAACUAAUUAUAAGCUCUGAGCUUCAUUCUUAUUAAUCACCUAUUGCAUCAGUUUAGUGAGGAAUAUAGUGUUUACCAGUGUAUAGUUACUGAACUCUGUGCUCUACUGCAUUACCAUUCCUGGCACAAAACAUUUUCAUCUCCAUCUUUUGAUGGUGCAAAAGAAGGCAGUGGUCUUUUAAGGGAAAGUGUGCUGAAGGCAAUAUGGGUAUAUAUGAACUGCUUCUUCCUUAAAACUAAAUAUUUCAAUUGUCCAUAGAAAUUUCACAGUAGAGGUACGGAGUUGAGCCUUCAGUGGCAUCAUUUUGCAUCUCCUAUCAGAUGUAUUCUGAUCCACAUGGCCUCCCCAUGGCUGGCACAGCCAGGGAGGGGACACAGCCCCUGCUAAGCUGCUCCUUAGCUCUGUGUGGCCUUCCCAGGGCCUUGGCAGUGAGGUGGAGUGAUGCAGCAAUUUGCUGCACUUUUCUACAAAAAAAAAAAAAAGAAGAAAAAAAAAA